CGUCGCCCGGGCCUUUCAGUGAAUGAACUGCGGCCGCGGGGAGUGCACGCCUGCCGCCCGCCGAUCACAUCGGACCCCUAAAAGCCUGAUAUGAGUGACGUUGAGUGGUGUGCGUAGUGUUAGUGUGAUGGUACGCGCGUGAGUGACGCUAUGGCCGCGCGCUCGCUGGAGCCCGGCCACCACCGACUAUGUGCGGCGUCCUAGGCGAGAGCGCGCUCGGUCGGCGCUCGAGGCGGGGCGCGGGUCUCCCCGCGGGCGGCGGUUCGCCCAGUUGACAGCAUGCUCAUCGCGUUCAAUGACUCGGCCAACCUCACUGACUUGGCGCUCGGCACCGACCUCCCCACCAGCCCCUACAGUCUCGCGCAGAAGAUCAUCAUCGCCAUCAUUGCCAGCGUCCUAUCGGUGCUCACCGUCGUCGGCAACUCCAUGGUGAUGAUCAGUUUCAAGAUCGACAAGCAGCUGCAGACUAUAAGCAACUACUUCCUGUUCUCCCUGGCUGUGGCGGACUUUGCCGUGGGUCUGAUAUCGAUGCCGCUGUACACCAUGUUCACCAUCUACGGUUAUUGGCCGCUGGGCCCGCACGUGUGCGACACGUGGCUGGCCCUGGACUACCUCGCGUCCAACGCGUCAGUGCUCAACUUGCUCAUCAUAAGUUUCGAUAGGUACUUCAGUGUGACGAGACCGUUGACGUAUAGGGCUAAAAGGACUACACGAAGAGCGACGAUGAUGAUAGGAGGUGCGUGGGGAUUCAGUUUGUUAUUGUGGCCGCCGUGGAUUUACGCGUGGCCGUACAUCGACGGCGAGCGGAAAGUGCCCCCUCAUGAGUGCUAUAUUCAGUUCAUAGAGACGAACCAGUUCAUUACGUUCGGGACAGCUAUAGCGGCGUUUUAUGUGCCAGUGACUGUCAUGUGUAUACUGUACUACAGAAUAUGGAGGGAAACCAAGAAACGGCAGAAGGAUCUGCCGAAUCUGCAAGGAGGGAAGAAACACGACUCGUCAAAGAGAUCAAAUUCUAGUGACGAGACGAGAGAAGUGGAUGGUCGUGCCAGAUCGGAGUCUGGUGAUGCAGACUCGGUGUACCACGUUAGAGGAGCACUACACGACCAGCGGUGGAGGGAUAACCAGGCGGCAAACGCUCGUCGCACGCUUCGAGGUUGGGCUGCAGUGAGGGCGUGGUGUGUGGCGUGGUGGCACUCCGGGCGUGAGGAUGUAGAGGACACGGAGCCUGAGGAGGAACCCUCAGACCCUGGGUACGCUACACCCGUGUCUGUUGAGACGCCGCUACAGAGUUCUGUGUCGAGGUGCACGUCACUGAACGUCAUCAGGGAUCCUUAUGCGUCUCGCGGCGGUGGUUCCAGUGGCUCCGGGGGAGAUGGAGGUACCUCUCCCCUCCGCCGAACUUACGAGCCACCCUCCAACAUGCCUGCAGCCCGUGACAGCCGCUCUUUGCCUCCUAACACCAGAAUCAACGCUACUACCUCACCAGCACCAAAAUCUGCGUCCGCAGACUCAGUGUAUACAAUCUUAAUCAGGCUACCAGACGCCGACACCGAAAGACCAACGAUUAAAAUGAUCACAGAAGAGUCCCCACCCUCUAACACGAGGCCACAUUUCCGACCAACCAGAGGGGACUCGGAGCUCAACCUCCAUCCCGCUGGUCAUCAGGCACUGACCAGGAGAACAUCUCACAUACAGGAUGUGAGAAUCCCUUUGAACGCCAAGAUCAUUCCGAAGCAGUUGGCAGGUAAGGGAUUAACGAAACAGCCGAAGCCAAAGAAGAAAACUCAAGAGAAGAAGCAAGAGACGAAAGCUGCGAAAACGUUGUCGGCCAUCUUACUAUCUUUUAUAAUCACUUGGACGCCUUACAACAUACUGGUGUUGCUGAAGCCUCUCACAGCGUGCACUAAGUGUAUCCCUGACGAGUUAUGGUCCUUCUUCUACGCUCUAUGUUACAUUAACUCUACAAUUAACCCUGUGUGUUACGCUCUCUGUAACGCCACCUUCAGAAGAACGUACGUGAGGAUUCUGACGUGCAAGUGGCACAAUAGGAAUAGGGAAGCAAUGACUAGGGGUGUGUACAAUUGAAUUGUGAUGAGCUUCAAAGUUUGAAUGAUUGGUCUUGUGACGGUGCCAAAAUGUAAAUUGCCCAAUUUUGGUAACCGUUUGGUUUUUGUUGUUGAUGUUAUGUAAAGCAAUGUUGGUAAUUGAGAGAAAAUCGACACUAUCAUGUUUUAAUAUUUAUAAAAAUAAAUGCAAAUGUUUAAAACGUUCUGAAGAUAGUAAACAAAGAUAAAAGCAAUGUGCCAAUUUUGUCAAAACUCUCCGUUACCAACAUUGGUACACUUUAACACAGAACCACCUAGUUUCCAAUAUUCUUCCUAAAUUGUGAACUAAAAUGGACUGUUAAUAAAACGUGGUAUCAUCCAUAUUUAGUGUGAGAAAGUAAUAUUUAUUUUGUUGUCCAUUGAAACGAUUAGUUGUGAAUUUUGAUUUCGAUUAGUGAGUUGACCGUCCCGUCCAUACAUAGUAUAUUAUUUGUAGACGUAGAUACAUUUGUUUUCGGUUUAGUUUCGUGGUUUAAGAAUAUUUUAUAUCGGACGGUAUUUGUGUGGUGAUAUGUGCUUCGUCAAGAGACCAAUUGAAUUUGUUUUACAAAAGUAUGUUACAUUUAAAAGAAAAAUCCAAAAUAUAUCGCUAUAUAUCUUAAUGUACCUGAUAGUUUCUUACAAAUCAGUCCAAAUAACAUUUAGUUUAUAUGAGACACAAGUAUUAGAGAAUCUGCUAAUGUCAUUUGUUGAACUGGUAACGAAGCUAUGCACCACACAAAAACUGUCCGAGUCUUCUCCUGUUAUAAGAAGAAGAUUGAUUUAAUUUUAAAACAAAAAUUAAGCGCAAAAAGUUAAAAAGUCAAGAGUAUAUUAAGAGUGAUUAGCGUUAUAGGGAAAGAGCUGAGUAUAACUGCGUUAAACAUUGGUAGUUGUCAGAAUCUAGUCAAAAGGACCGAUACGGGGAUACGAGGACCAUAGAGUUCAAAUUUUAGUUUAAACUAUAAAGAAUUCAUUGUUUAUUCUUAAUGGAUUUUUAUAACGUAUGUGGUUGAUUUGAUUUACUGCCAAAUGUUGAUGAAGAAGAGAGAAUCACUACUUACUACAAAUAAAAAUAAAAAAAACAAAAAGCUGUCGACCUUUAAAUUAUGUGGCAGGACACAUCUAUCAAAAGGUAGAUCUUUAAUAAUUAUUAUUGUUUUUUUCUUAUGCCAUUGAACUAUUAAGUAAAUUCUAACACUCAUUUAAACGAGGACCCAAUAAAAUUGAGGUAAUUCAACAAACUUGCAGAAUCAGCGAAGUAAAA